AUUUUUCUCUUUCCCUCUUUUUUUCUUCUUUGUUCUUUCUGUCUGCAAUCCCAUUUCAUCUCUUUUGGCCUCAUGAGGGGUUGAACAAAUUUCUCUAAAAAUGGGUUGCAUCAGCUCCAAGAACGUCUCAUAUUUAGGGGACCAGAGUGCCUCACCGGUCCAAGACAGGGAACACGCCCCGGAACCGGACUUCUCCUCCACGAACCAGCACCAUCGAGUUUUUGUUGAUCAUUCAUUGGAGGCGAGUCACAAUAACAGGCGGUCAAGGAAAUCAAAAAGAUUGGGCGCUUCUGAUUUGAGGGUUGGUAAGAGCCUGCUUUCCGGGCUGGCUCAUAGGAACGUAGAGGCUGAGCAUGCCGCUGCUGGUUGGCCAUCUUGGCUUUGUGAGGUUGCGUCUGAGGCUGUUCAUGGGUGGGUUCCUCUUAAGGCAGAGGCGUUUCAGAAGUUGGAGAAGAUUGGACAAGGAACAUAUAGUAGCGUUUUUCGAGCGAGAGAAGUAGAAACCGGGAAAAUGGUGGCUUUGAAGAAGGUAAAGUUUGAUAAUCUUCAACCAGAGAGCAUUAGGUUUAUGGCAAGAGAGAUUUUGAUUCUACGCAAACUCAAUCAUCCCAACAUCAUGAAACUUGAGGGUAUUAUCACCUCUCGUGCAUCGAGCAGCAUUUAUCUUGUUUUCGAGUAUAUGGAACAUGAUCUUGCCGGUUUGUCCUCAAAUCCGGACAUCAGAUUCACCGAGUCGCAGAUCAAAUGUUACAUGCAGCAACUACUCUGGGGACUAGAGCAUUGUCAUAUGAGAGGCGUAAUACAUAGAGACAUUAAGGCCUCAAACAUUUUGGUCAAUAACAAAGGAGUUUUAAAGCUUGGAGACUUUGGGCUAGCAAAUGUGGUCACGGCUAAGAACAAACACCAAUUAACAAGCCGUGUGGUGACUUUAUGGUAUCGAGCUCCUGAGCUCCUUAUGGGAUCUACUAGUUAUGGAGUAUCAAUCGAUUUAUGGAGUGUGGGAUGUGUUUUUGCUGAAAUUCUCAUGGGAAAACCAAUCCUAAAAGGCAGAACCGAGAUUGAACAAUUGCAUAAAAUCUACAAGCUUUGUGGUUCUCCACCAGAUAGUUUCUGGAAAAAAACUAGGCUUCCUCACGCAACUUCCUUCAGGCCUCAACAUACCUAUGAAGCCACACUUAGAGAACGAUGCAAAGAGUUAUCAACAACUGGCGUUCUUCUAUUAGAAACUUUACUCUCUAUGGAAGCAUAUAAGCGUGGGACUGCUUCAUCUGCACUUAAUUCUGAGUAUUUCUUGACGAGGCCUUAUGCGUGUGACCCUUCUUCAUUGCCUAAAUAUCCACCAAACAAAGAGAUGGAUGCUAAAAAUCGCGACGAUAUGCGCAGGAAAAGGGCAAACCUCAAGCUUCGAGAAUCUGGAGUUGGCAGGAAACAAAAAAGACCACAUAGAGCAGAACACGAUCCAAAGGGUUACACUAAGCUGCCAAUAAGACAGGACACGUUUGAGAACAAGAACAUAACAACUGAGGCUUCUCGAGCCAUCACAACAACAAAUGGAAAUUACUAUAAACUCUCUGACCUCCCAAUGACGACAGGACCGGCUAGUGGUUUUGCGUGGGCUGUGAAAAGACGAAAAGAUCCUGAUAAUAUCUCCACUCUUACCUACUAUCAGCCAAGCUCAAGGAGUCAAUUGAGCGAAACAAGUGUCGCUUUUGCCAAAAACACUUUUGGUUUGAACCUCAAACCAGAAAAUGACUCAGCGUAUGAGAUUCAGGGAGACAACGAUGAUCAGAUUAUGGAGGACUUACCGAGUGAGGACAAGCUUAACCGUACCGGUAAACGACACGGAUCACUUGAUGGGUCUGGUUUGGCUUUCAGCCAAAGGGAGGAGGAUUCUCCAAUGAAGAAGAACUUAGAGCAUCUACAGUUCGGAAAACAGAGCAUAUCAGGACCGUUGAUAUUUAAAUCAGGCAAGAUCGACGAAAUUUUGCAAAGGAAUGAAAGUAAUAUCCGGCAAGCUGUCAGAAAGUCCCACUCCCAAAUGGAACAAGAUGACAGAUAA